UCCCCUUAUAAAUACCCAAACCAAUCUAUCAAUCAACAAUUACAAAUUGGCUCGCCUCAGUUUCAGAAAAAGAGGCUGAAAGAUGAGAACUUCAUGCUUUGCAAUAGCUUCAUUUCUUGCAAUCUUUUUCAUACCUUUCUCAUGGGCAGCUUCUUAUGAAGACUUCGUAAAUUGCCUUGAAGACAAUUCUCACCCCUCCUACCCAACAUCUUCAAUUAUCUACACCCGCGACAACCCUUCCUACUCUUCUGUUUUGCAAACCUACAUACGAAACCUUCGAUUCAACGAAACAACUACGCCAAAACCACUGCUUAUUAUAACCGCAUUGCAUGCAUCCCACAUCCAAGCAUCCAUUGUAUGCGCCAAACAACACGGUCUUCAGAUGAAAAUCCGAAGUGGGGGCCAUGACUACGAGGGCAUCUCUUAUUGGUCCGAAAAUCCAUUUUUUGUCCUUGACUUGUUCAACCUUAGGGCAAUCAAUGUAACUAUCGAAACUGAGAGUGCUUGGGUUCAAACUGGGGCAACCCUGGGAGAGGUUUACUAUAGGAUUGCCGAAAAAAGCAAGACUCAUGGGUUUCCCGCCGGAGUUUGCCCGACAGUUGGAGUUGGUGGUCAUUUUAGUGGAGGUGGGUAUGGAAAUAUGAUGAGAAAAUACGGUCUUUCGGUUGACAAUAUUGUUGAUGCAGAGGUUAUCGAUGUUAAUGGACGGAUUCUAGAUCGAGAAGCUAUGGGGGAGGAUUUGUUUUGGGCCAUUAACGGCGGUGGAGCAUCUAGCUUUGUGGUGCUUCUUUCCUACAAAAUCAUGUUGGUGCAAGUACCAGAACAGGUAACUGUUUUCAAUGUUACGAGGACGUUGGAGCAAAAUGCAACCAAUUUAGUAUACCGCUGGCAACAUGUUGCGGAUAAGUUACACGACGACAUCUUCAUUAGACUCAUCCUAAAAGUUAUUAACGACAGCUCAAGCGGACAAAAGACCAUUCAAGCAACAUUCUUCACCUUGUUCCUCGGAGACUCGAACCAACUCCUCUCUCUAAUGGACCACAGUUUCCCCGAAUUAGGUUUGACAAAGUCAAACUGUAUCGAGAUGAGUUGGCUCGAAUCAGUUGUCUAUUACACUAGCUUCCCGAUCGGAACACCUGUCAACGCUCUCCUAAGCCGGAUUCCUCAGGUCCUCACCCAUCUUAAAAGAAAAUCCGAUUACCUAAAGAAACCAAUCCCGGAAAAAGGGCUGGAAUCUAUAUUCAAGAAAAUGCUCGAAUUGGAGGCUCCGGUUUUGACUUUCAACCCUUACGGUGGAAAGAUGGCGAUGAUUUCUCCUCUAGCGAAACCCUUCCCCCAUCGUAAGGGGAAUAUAUGUAAGAUUCAGUAUGCAACAAAUUGGAAUGAAGAUGGGGUUGAGGUGGCAAAACAUUAUGUGGAAUUGACAAGAAAGUUGUAUGAUUAUAUGACUCCAUAUGUAUCGAAAUUGCCAAGGGAGUCAUUUUGGAACUAUAGGGAUCUUGACUUGGGUAUCAACCAUAAUAAUGGGGAGGAUCGUAGUUAUACCCAAGGAGCUGCUUAUGGGAUUAAGUACUUCAAGGCAGCAAAUUUCAAUAGGCUGGUGAUGAUAAAGACCAAGGUUGAUCCUGCUAAUUUCUUUAGGAAUGAGCAAAGCAUUCCACUUCUUCCAUCCUUUAGGAAGAAGUAGUGAUCAAGAAAAUUAAUUCCCACCGUUUCACUACCCAUAAAUUAAUGCUCAAGGUUUUUUUUUUUUUAUUUUAAAUUUCUAAUAUUGUGUUUACUUUAUAUUGAGGAAAAUAAGUUGUUAUGUUUAUUACAUAAGCUGCACAAUAGAUCGAUGGAGAAUUAGUGUGCAAUCCAAUCGGGUGUAAUUUAUCGCUAUAAAUAAAGUUUUUUUUUUUUUU